CCAUCAACGUCUUUCUGCACAAACACACGUGGAUUUUACUGACGCCAGGCACAAACAACAAUAACAUGGCCAGUCAUGGACUCUCUUACGACGGCUGCAAUUUUUUCAGACAGCGGCUGGUUAUGUCUACUCUCAGUGGAAAGCGCGUUAAAAUACAAAACAUUCGGUCUAAAGACGACGACCCAGGUCUCCGUGAUUUUGAGGCCAGCUUCAUCAGACUACUUGACAAAGUGACCAAUGGCUCCAGAAUAGAGAUUAACCAAACAGGUACUGUAUUAUUCUACCAGCCUGGCUUGUUGCAGGGAGGCUCCAUAGAGCAUGAUUGUAACCCACAGCGCUCGAUUGGAUACUACCUGGAGGCUCUGCUGAUGCUGGCUCCUUUCAUGAAAACUUCUUUGAAGGCAACUCUAAGGGGAGUUACUAAUGACCCCACUGACCCAACAGUUGACCAGCUGAAGUCCACAGCUCUGCCAUUAAUGAAGAAGUUUGGUAUUGAUGGAGAGGGCUUUGACCUCAAGGUGGUGAAGAGAGGGAUGGCGCCUGGUGGGGGAGGAGAGGUGGUCUUCUCAUGCCCUGUCCGUAGGACCAUCCGGCCAGUCCAGCUGACUGAACCAGGCAAGAUCAAAAGGAUCAGAGGAGUAGCAUAUUCUGUACGAGUCUCUCCUCAAAUGGCCAACAGGAUUGUGGAAUCGACCAGGGGUGUCCUAAACCAGUUCCUCCCAGACAUCUACAUCUACACAGACCACAUGAAAGGAGCCAACUCUGGCAAGUCUCCGGGUUUUGGUCUGACGCUGGUAGCUGAAACAUUGAAUGGCUGCUUCCUCAGUGCAGAGAUGUCCUCCACACCACAGGGGCAGGGAGACCCUGUGCUGCCCGAGGACCUUGGUAAAAACUGUGCCAAACUGCUUUUGGAAGAGGUAUAUCGGGGCGGCUGUGUGGAUUCAUCCAAUCAGAGCCUGGCUCUGCUCUUGAUGACCCUUGGCCAACAGGAUGUGUCAAAGGUUCUGCUCGGACCACUUUCACCAUACACGAUCGAGUUCCUUAGACACAUCAGAGAUUUCUUCCAUGUUAUGUUUAAGAUCGAGGUUCAGAAGCCUUUAGAAGAUGAGAGAAAAGGUGGAGACAAAGUUCUGAUGACCUGUGUUGGAGUUGGAUACAGCAACAUAAAUAAAACCCUUAAAUAAAAUAUUUUUGUAUAAA